AUGGCGACCCUUUCAAACAAUGCACCAUCCAGACCUACAUCCAUUCAGGCCCUUUUGGCCGGUGCAGUAGCAGGAACCACGGUCGAUACUGUGUUGUUUCCUUUGGACACAAUCAAGACUAGAUUGCAAUCAAAAGCUGGAUUCAAAGCAUCUGGAGGAUUCUCCAAUAUCUAUGCUGGAUUGUCAUCGGCAGUAAUGGGAUCUGCCCCUGCUGCUGCUACGUUCUUUGUCACAUACGAGUUUUUUAAAUCAAGGCUUUCGUCACGAUACUCGGAUCCAUCUCAUCAGCCAUUAGUACACAUGGCAUCUGCAUCUGCUGGAGAGAUUGCGGCAUGUGUAGUGCGUGUUCCUACUGAGAUUAUCAAGCAGCGCAUGCAGGCAAAAAUAUAUACAUCUAUACCCCAUGCAGCAAAAGAUAUUUUUAGCUCUGAAGGAAUCCGCGGGUUCUAUCGCGGCUACAUGAUGACCAUUUUCAGAGAAAUUCCGUUUGCAUGUGUCCAGUUUCCACUCUAUGAACACAUGAAGAAACAGUUGGCUAUAAAGUUGGAUAGAGCGUUGUGGGCCCCAGAAGCAGCUGUUUGUGGAGCUGUUUCAGGCGGAAUCGCAGCUGCUGUCACAACUCCUUUAGAUGUAGUUAAAACUCGAAUUAUGUUGAGUGCCAAGGCUGGUAAAACUGAUGGUAUUUUUUUAACUGCAAAAUCAAUCUGGACAGAAGAAGGAGCCGCUACGUUUUUAUCGGGGAUUGGGCCGCGAGUGAUGUGGAUUACUAUUGGAGGAAGUAUUUUUUUGGGCAUGUAUGAAGCAUCCAAAUCGGCACUGGUGAAAUACACAUAA